CCAUUAUGGCUUGUUUUACAGGAAAAGUGUAAAUAAAUCUGAUUUGAUCAAAAGAUAUCGAGGCAAAAUAACCGGUUGAAAAUAGCAUACCGGUUUGAAAAUUAACACCGGUUUUUGAAGUUCAGCAAAACCGCCACCAGGCGGCAGUUUUAUCACACACCGCAGGGAGAGAGUGAGUGAGGGAGAACAAAGUGGCGCGCGCAUCACUCUCCCUCUAGAAGAUUCUGACCAGCCGAUCUGCUGGUAUAAAAAGGCCAGCUCAGCCGGCAAGAUUCAUUCGGUGUUCGGUGCUUGGAGCUCAGGCAGAGCAGAGAGUGGGACCUCUCUGGCCAAGGAGCUAAGCAUUCCGGAUCAUUGCUUGUUGGUUCAAGUUCAUUGAACGUAAACAGCAUUUUGGUAGCUUAGAUCAAUUGCUUGAUUGGCUCAAGUUUAUUGAGCGUAAAUUAGCAAUUGUUGAUAGGAGCCUAAAGAGAUUCAAGUCGUAUUGAAUGUUAUUCUGGCUGUAGAUUAAAUUCACAGAUUAGAUUAAAUUGGUGGAUAAGAGACUUCAUUCGUGAAGGACUUUUUACCAGCCUUGCUGUUAGGUGCCGAUUAAGAGAAAUUUAUCUGCUUAAGUCUAUUAAGGAGGUUAUUGAUCUUUUUCUGCAAUCAGGUAGAUUUAUUCAAUAGUUAAGGUGUAAUUGGCUCAAGUUUAUUGAGCGUAAAUUGCAUUCUUUUGAUAGGCGCUUGAAGUCGGUGAAUCGGUGGCUCAAGUCUCGAUUGAGCACCUUCAUGAUUAAUAGCGGCAGGUGUUUCAUUUGACAGAUAUUGUUUAAGAUAAAAUCCCGUCAGCCUGGGUAGGCAAUAAUUGGAAUAAUUGAUCAGAAUAUUAUAUACACAGUAUAGAGGUGUAAAUAGCAAAGUUUGUGUGAAUAAGAGAAUUAGAAUUAAUAUUGUCUCUUGAACUGGAAAAGAGUCGUACUUUGGUAUAUUCUUUUUUAGGGAACCGUGGCACUGUCAAUAUUGUCAUCGGCGCCUUUGACUGAUAAAGAAGGACCGAAUAAAUCAAGGAUUGAUUUUGUUAGAUUUGAUUAAGGGCUGCUUUGUUGCUUGGAAUUCUUAAUAGAAAGAAGUGGUUAGAGAAUCAUAAAAAUCCCCUAGACACACCGAUCUUCAAUUAGCUUCUUUCUAGGUAAUUGUCGCACCCAAUUACCAUCCGUUAGGAAAAGCAAAGCCCGAGGACUCUGUUAAUUUGAAAUUAGCAUUUUAUUAAGAUAAUCAAAAACCACCUGUGCGAGCGGUCGUCUGUCUCUUUGUUAGUCUAAAUAGCAGCCUUAGCGAUACCCUAGGCACUUGUGUUUAGGUGAGACACGGUCGCGCGUUACAAACUAAAGGAAAAGAUGCAGAGGACUAUAAUUUUAACGUUUCUUUUAUUUCUUAUAAUACUUUGUGUGUUUGCAAUAUGGGAAUUACAGUGGGUUUUUCUGCUUAAUUUUUAUGUGAAUCUUUUAAGAGGGCUAAUGGAUUUAAGAGUGCAUUUAUUCGUGUUUUCCAUUCACCGCAUUCUUGUCAAAGUUAACGGAGAAAUCCAAUACAUUGUAAUUAAUGAUGGUGAAAAGCCCAAAGCAAAAGUAGAUCUGGAAACAAACUUGCUAUCGUUGGUUGAAAUACAUCGUGGCGCUUGUGAACUAAUCCUCGCAGUUAGCAAGCACUUCCAAGGCACGCUCAUUUCAACCCUCUUUUCCAACUUCAUUAACACCACCACUACGUGCUACUAUGUGCUCCUUCUGCUGGGUGGAUUAGAAGAUGAUCCGCGUCGAUUUCUUCAUGCCCUUGUCACUUUGAUUUGGUUGAUUAUAAGUUGCUUAAAUAACAUAUUGCUGUGCUUUGAGUGCGACGAGACAAUAGUUGAGGCUAGGAAAGCAAGUAAAUUACUAUGGAAGUUGGAAUACAAAGAGCAACAAAUUGACUAUCAAGUGAGAGAACUGAGAACAAAAGUGAUGAUAAACGAGAAAUGCGAAUUUUCCAUUUACGGUAUGUUCGCCUUCAACAAAACGUUUCUAGCUCAGAACUUCACAGCAAUCGUGGGCUAUAUUUUCACUGCCUUGCAAUUCCACAUAAUAUCAAUGCAAUUGUCAGGCAAUUAAAACCAAUGUGCAUUAGAUGGGUGAUUUAUAAAAUGCAAUCUGGCGUAAAAUUUUACUCCGAAAUUUGAAGUCUUUGAAAUUUCAAUUCUUGAUUCGAGAGUCCAGACGUAUUUAUAAAAUGUAUCACAAUUAAUCCUUAAUAUAUGAAGAACUGAUGAAAACGGGCUUUUUCAUUGUUGAAAAAAUUUUAAUAAAAAAAAAAACUAAAUGUACGAGUUUUGGUCCCGGUCUGCGACCCUAUUGAAUAGCUCAGUGGACGCUAAAAAUAAAAGUGCUUGACAACAUUGCGAU